UGCGCAUCAGAGAGCGACAGAUAGAAAGAGAGAAAGAGAGAGAGAGAGAGAGACCGAGGGAGGAAACUGGAUGCAGGGAGGUAGUGCAGCUGGGACACUUCGGGAACGAGGACACUUCUAACCUGGACCUUCUGUCUUCACCUCUGCGCCGGGCUUCACUGUAACUUCGCCCUGUCUCCGUUUUCUCCUCCUUUUCUUGCCUCCCACCGCCGCAUGGCUUCAGUGUAACCAGCGCGUCUCCUGGCUGGAACUGCGCACUGUCCAACAUGAACCGAGGGACGGGGGGACAGGAAAGAGCACUCCUGGCUCUCCUCAUCAUCUUACACACCACCACAACACACGCGGGUAAACUGAUCGAUGUCUUACGUGUGCUGGAGCUGUCCGAUCAAAUGGAGGGCGUGUCCUUGGAAGCAGGUCUAUGCACAGAUAGAGUUGACAAAGAGGAACUGGACAUGGCUUUCAGGAUAGACAAAAAGAUCCAGCUCAGUGCUCCAUCUCGGCAGCUCUUCCCAGACUCCGCUUUUCCUGAAAACUUCUCCCUGAUGACGACGGUGCGGGCGAAGAAGAACGCCCAGUUUUUCUUGCUGUCCAUGUAUGAUGAACAGGGUGUACAGCAGCUGGGUCUGGAGCUGGGCAGAUCACCAGUCUUCCUGUACGAGGACCACAUGGGGCAUCCGACCCCUGAACUGUACCCCACCUUCAAGAAAAUCAACCUGGCUGAUGGAAAGUGGCACCGGAUUGCCUACAGCGUAGAUGGAAAGACAGUCACGCUGUAUUUGGAUUGUAAGAAGGUGGAGACUCUCGAUCUGCAUCGAGGAGAUGACCCUGUGGUCCGCACAGAUGGCGUUACCGUGUUUGGGACGAGGCUCCUGGACAAGGACGUGUUUGAGGGAGAAAUCCAGCAGCUUCUGAUAGUAGACGAUCCCUACGCUGCGGAAUACUAUUGUCAUGACUACAUCCCGGACUGUGACUCUCCUCUGCCUUAUCGUAUCCAGAACUAUGAACCCGAAGAGACCAAACCGUCCAAUCUCGAUGACAUGAUGCAAGGUGACGAACCCGAGCCACCAAAGAAGAAAAAAGACAGGAAGGGCAAAAAGAACAAAAAGAACAAAAAGAAGAAGGACCGUUCGAAGAAGGAGGGAAAGAAAGAGUCACGAAAGAAGAGAAAAGAGGCAGAAACAAUUGAGGAGGGAUUCCUCGAGGUGUCCGCUCAUCAGCUCGAGUCUCUCACACGAGCUGUGACACCAGCCGGGACAGAAGUCACGGUGGCUCCUUCGACUCCGCACGUGACUGCCGAGCUGAUCGAGUCCAUCCCCGAGAUGCCCACGCACGAGCCCGACUCGCUGCCCACCACAUCGCCUGAACAGCUCACUCUAUCCCUCACCAUGUUGCCCCAGUCCACCCAAUCUGAGGUUGAGGAGGAGAAGCCGAUAAAAAUGCCAGAGGUUGAGCUAGACACUGAGGACAUUUACCAUGACCUCACGGUCUCCACGGUAACAGUGAGCACCAACAUCAGCGAGUAUGAGCUUUUUGAAUAUGAGGAUUUUAAGAACAGCAGCGACAGCUCGGAGCAGUACGAGGAGUACGAGGCCUACGAGGAUCGCUACGGCCCGGCGGAGAGAGAGAGAGUGGGGACGUGGGAUGGACGGGGAAGGCAAGGUUUAGAGAAAGGCCAGAAAGGAGAACCAGCCAUUUUGGAACCGGGAAUCCGAAUCGAGGGAGCUUUUGGGCCACCAGGACCUGAAGGACUUCCUGGCCUUCCGGGAGUAAUUGGGCCGCCAGGACCUCCCGGAGAUCCCGGUGAUGUGGGUCCUGAGGGACGUCCAGGACUUGCAGGGACUGAUGGGAUACCAGGUCCCCCAGGGACCAUGCUCAUGCUUCCAUUUCAUUACGCAGGCGAUUUUCAGAAAGGCCCCGUGCUGUCAGCUCAGGAGGCACAGGCUCAUGCUAUUCUGCAGCAAACCAGAGUCUCACUGAAGGGGCCUCCAGGCUCAAUGGGACUCACAGGAAGAUCGGGGCCAAUGGGUCCUCCAGGCUCCAGUGGACCUAAAGGGGACAGUGGGGACCCUGGACCUCCGGGGCCACGCGGGUUGCCAGGUCCUUCGGGUCCGGGCGGGAAGCCAGGCAGGCAGGGUCCCUCAGGGGCAGACGGAGGUCGUGGAUCUCCAGGAGAGACGGGAGCAAAGGGUGACAGGGGUUUUGAUGGACUACCAGGGCUUCCAGGGGACAAAGGACACAGAGGGGAUCGGGGAAAGCCAGGAAAGCACGGUCCAUCCGGGGAAUCUGGUGAGAAGGGUGCAGAUGGACCUGUAGGACCAAGAGGACAACCAGGUGAACCUGGGUCGAGAGGACUUGUAGGACCCAGAGGAACAAUUGGACUAACCGGACAGCCUGGUGUCCGUGGUGUGGAUGGUAUUCAAGGCUCUAAAGGAAACCAGGGCCCAUCAGGAGAACCUGGUCCUCCAGGACAGCAGGGAAACCCAGGGGUGCAGGGCUUUCCAGGUCCUCAGGGUCCUAUUGGCAUGCCUGGAGAAAAGGGACCUCCAGGGAAGGAGGGAUUGCAGGGGCUCCCUGGGAUAGAUGGCCCUACGGGACAUCCAGGCAGAGAGGGACCAGCUGGAGAGAAGGGGAUGCUGGGACUACCCGGAGCACAGGGGCCGAUCGGAUACCCGGGGCCUCGAGGGGUCAAGGGUGCUGAUGGAGUACGAGGUCUGAAAGGAAGCAAAGGAGAGAAGGGAGAAGAUGGCUUCCCGGGGACCAAAGGUGACAUGGGAGCUGAAGGAGAUCGAGGUGACAGUGGGCCUUUAGGACCACGUGGCGAGGAUGGACCAGAGGGACCUAAGGGCCAAUCAGGACCUUUUGGAGAACCUGGACCCCUUGGAAUCGCUGGAGAAAAGGGCAAGCUGGGUGUCCCGGGGUUACCCGGCUAUCCAGGAAGACAAGGCCUGAAGGGAUCCGUCGGCUUUCCAGGAGUGGCAGGCAUGCCAGGAGAGAAGGGGAAGAGGGGAUCUGCAGGAGCUCCAGGAGCAGCAGGUGAAAGAGGUCCUAAUGGUGCACGUGGAGGCCGAGGGGCAAGAGGAGCUACAGGAGCACCAGGAGCCAAGGGCUCGUCUGGCCAUGACGGCGCACCAGGUCCCGCAGGAGAAAAGGGUCCUCAAGGACCACAGGGACAGAACGGAUAUCCAGGACCUAAGGGACCAAAUGGGCCUCCAGGGAAGGAUGGGUUGCCAGGUCAUCCAGGCCAAAGAGGAGAGCCGGGAUUCCAAGGAAAAACAGGACAACCAGGACCAGUUGGAGUGGUCGGACCGCAAGGCAAAACUGGAGAGACUGGAACAGCUGGGGACAGAGGUCACCCUGGGUCCCCGGGACCUCCUGGAGAGCAAGGUUUGCCUGGAGUGGCAGGAAAGGAAGGUGCCAAGGGUGAUCCGGGACCCAUGGGGAUUCCUGGAAAGAGCGGCCCUGCUGGGCGCCGUGGGUUUAGAGGCAGUCGAGGCAUGCCAGGCUCUGCGGGUGCGGCCGGGUUAAAAGGUGAAGAAGGACCUCCUGGUGCUGCAGGAGCAAUUGGUGCUACCGGUGAGAGAGGGCCUUCUGGGCCGGCCGGUGGGAUUGGGCUUCCAGGCCGUGCUGGAGGAGUCGGAUCUCCUGGACCAAUGGGGGAGAAAGGAGAACCAGGAGAAAAAGGACCUACAGGUCCUGCUGGACAGGAUGGAGAACAGGGGCCUGUUGGCUUACCAGGAUCUGCUGGACCUCCGGGUCCACCUGGAGAGGAUGGUGAUAAGGGAGAGACUGGAGGUCCGGGACAGAAAGGAAGCAAAGGAGACAAAGGAGAACUGGGACCCCCAGGACCAACAGGAAGUGUAGGACCUAUUGGACCCCCCGGACUUGCAGGUGCAGAUGGAGAGCCAGGACCUCGAGGCCAACAAGGGAUGUACGGACAGAAAGGUGAUGAAGGACCUCGAGGACUUGUAGGUGCCACUGGGCCACUGGGGCUGCAGGGAAUGCCGGGACCUCCGGGAGAGAAGGGAGAAAGCGGUCAUGUUGGACCACUGGGCCCUCCGGGACAACACGGCCCCAGAGGCGCUGUGGGAUCGACUGGUGGAGAGGGUGCUCAGGGGAUGCCUGGUGGAGUCGGCCAGCCUGGUUUAGUAGGAGAAAAGGGUGAAGACGGAGAGGCUGGGAAUCCAGGAAACGUCGGUGAAACAGGCGCAUCUGGUGAGAAAGGAGACAUAGGUGAGAAAGGGGACACAGGCCCCCCCGGUGCUGCUGGACCCCCUGGAAACCGAGGUCCUCCAGGAGAGGAUGGACCCAAAGGAAAUCCAGGCCCCAUCGGAUUUCCCGGAGACCCAGGACCCCCUGGAGAAGCAGGUCUAAAUGGUAUUGAUGGUGGACCAGGAGCAAAGGGAGAUAAUGGAGAGCCUGGGAAAGCUGGACCUCCAGGUGCUUCUGGAGAACCAGGACCUCCUGGACCACCAGGAAGAAGGGGACAUGUAGGUACUGCGGGAAAUGAAGGAAAACAGGGGAAGGCUGGAGCAAAGGGCUCACCUGGUAAAGAGGGUCCACCUGGAAAGACAGGACCCGUAGGACCCCAGGGACAACCUGGUAGGGCUGGUCCGGAUGGACUACGUGGGAUCCCAGGCCCUGCAGGAGAACAGGGUUUAAACGGUCCCCCCGGACAAACCGGACCACCUGGCCCUAUGGGACCUGCUGGACUCCCAGGGCUGAAAGGAGAUCCAGGCAACAAGGGAGAGAAGGGUCACGGAGGAUUGAUCGGGCUCAUCGGGCCUCCAGGGGACAUGGGAGAGAAGGGGGACCGGGGCUUGCCGGGAAAUGAGGGAAUACCUGGUCCUAAAGGUGACUUGGGUGUUGUCGGAGUGCAUGGUCCUACUGGGCCUCCUGGACCUCCCGGACUUUCUGGUGCCAUUGGUGAAAAGGGAUCCAAAGGAGAUGAGGGAGGGGUCGGUGCGAGAGGAGACCCAGGACCUGCAGGACCACGGGGACCACCUGGUCCACCGGCCACCAUAAUCGAGCCGCUGCCCAUCCGAGAGGGACGCAAAAAACGUCGGAGGACCUCGGACCGGACCCAUAGAGGAUCCAGCGCAGAUUCUGCAGCCGCAGAAGAGGACCAUGAAGCGGAGGCUCAGCUGAACAUGGAGGACUUCCUGCAGGCUGAUGCUCCUCUGGAGGAUGCUGAGGGAAUGGAGGAGGUGUUCGCUACUUUGAAUUCCAUGAAGUUGGAGGUGGAGCUGAUGAGGAAGCCACUGGGAACUUUCGAGAGUCCGGCACGCACCUGCAAAGAGCUGAUGAUGUGCCACCCGCAUUAUAAAGAUGGUGAAUAUUGGAUCGACCCGAAUCAGGGCUGCAAUAAAGAUUCCAUUCGGGUGUUCUGCAACUUCACGGCUGACGGAGAAACCUGCCUGCAUCCGGAUAAACGAAUCGAAACGGUGAAACUCGCAGCCUGGAGCAAAGAGCAGCCGGGCAGCUGGUACAGCCGGUACAGGAGGGGCAAACAGUUCUCGUAUGUGGACACUGACGGCCUCACGGUCCCUGUGGUCCAGCUGACCUUCCUGAAGCUUCUGAGCGCAACAGCCAGACAAAGCUUCACCUACACGUGCCAGAACUCGGCUGGCUGGUACGAUGCCACCAGCCACGGGCACCAGCACGCCCUGCGCUUCCGGGCCGGCAACGGCGAGGAGAUGACGCACGACAAGAUGCCUUUUAUAACACCUCAGUAUGAUGGCUGCCAGACCCGCAAAGGACAGGACAGAACGGUGCUCCAGAUCAACUCUCCGAGAUCGGAGCUUCUUCCCGUCAUCGACGUUUCCGCGUCGGACUUCGGAAACACCAACCAGAAGUUUGGCUUCCAGAUCGGACCUGUGUGUUUUAACGGUUAACUAACUGAGACACGGGACUCGAGACUUCAUCUGUACCACACACAAUAUUUAUUUUUUUUUGUAGGGUGCAUGUGGCGCUUCUGUGGCAUGCAUAUAUACAUUUUUUUGAGUAUUUGUUUUCUUUUUUUUUUUUGUGAACAAAACUGCACAGGUGCCAGGAUCGGCCCUUGAGGAAACCGAGCAAAGCAGAAGUUUCGAUGUGUGUGGACUUUUUUGUUGUUUAUUCUUGUUUCUACUUGCCUGCAGUGUGUGAACGAAUUAUUAAGCCACCUCCACUUGAACCUGACGAUAAAAGGCAGACCCAAGACCCCAAAAGACCCCCGUCCCCACACACACACACACACACACACAAGUUCCGCAUUGUGGGCCACGUAUUUCGCAGUAUAAAAUGGUGGCAUUAAUGAUACGUGUCUUCAUUUUGAGCCAUAAUGUAAUUCAAAAUUAAUUUGUUGAAAACAUUCAGCAGUACAGAUAUGAAAUACUGAUUUUACCCUCAACAGAAGCAGUUCUACAUCCGAACAGUUUUGACAAGGAAAUGCCACCUGGAUCCGGUUCAUUGUUCCUUUAGAUGCUUUCUGUCACACACCAGCCUCCCAUAACUGGGGUUUGAUGAUAAAGAAACAGUGUCGUACGCCAGUCUACUUUCAAGCAGCGUGGGUUGUGCACAGCAGUAGCCUCUUCACAAGUUUAUUUUUUUAAGUCAGGUCACGUGGCUGAUAUGUUUUUUAGUCCCUUCUACUACACACAUGGUGCUAGAGUUAUAAUAAUAAUGGGUUUUAUUGCACAGUGUUCCUGUUUUUUUUUUUGUUGUUUUUUUGUUGUUGUUGGUGUUUUUUUAUAUAAAUCCCUUGACUUUAUUCUUUUAAAAUUGUUUUCGAAGGGUUGUAUUACAAAAAUGUCUUAAGUCCAAAUUAAUUUCUGUCGAGUUCAGGUUUUUUUUUUUUUUUUUGGGAAAUGAAAAGGACAUUUCUAGAGAAAAAUAGGUGAAGAUGCUAAAGCAAUUCUGAAUAUUUCCGACCCAAAGAAGAGUUGCUAUAGAUGCCUAUAGAGGAUCUGAGUGGUCCCAUAUCGCACCAAGCCACACCCAUAGCAAAAAUAUAUAAUUUUCCUUUAUACAUCUUACAGGGAAUAUACAGAUCAAACCAGUUCUUUUAGUCCAUAAAUAUAAAUAUAUAUAUAUAUAUAUAUAUAUAUAUAUAUAUAUAUAUAUAUAUAUAUAUAUAUAUACGAGCAUAAUGCUGUAAAACUGGCUGUUGUACUAUGAAGUGCCCAGUAGGCGGCCCUACUCCUGGUGGCCAUAGUAACUUUAACACUCAGAGAGUGGGGCAUGUAGCGUUUCACCUCAAUUAUGACCGCAAAUCCGUUUUGUUGGUGCUAAAAUAAAACAUUCCUGAAGGAGCAUGAAAAUAUACCAGUGUAUAUAUGGUGUGUGGAUUUUCUACUGUCUCAUGACUCUAGUAAAAGCCAGAGUGCUGGACCAUGUGCUCUCUCUCCAGUCUUUACUCCCACUUUGUCCUGUCCCUGGACACGCCCAUACCUCUUCAGUGGAACUAUGCCGGGACUGUUACAAAGAGCUGACACUCGAGACUUCUUCUCUAACGUGAAAAAAAACAGUGUCUUACAGAAACCUUUAGCGCAUCAGUGUGUACAAUGUUGAAUAGCGACAAUCCUAGCAUAUGUGGUGCUUGCUGUACUGAGAACAAGCCGUUACUAUGGAAACAAUCAUGUAUUAAAACCUUACAGAGCUGAGAGAAUGGAUAAACAGUGUUACGGAAGUAUUAGCACACUUCCUGUUUUGGUGACUUUGCAGUAUUUUACAUGAUGAUGAUGAUGAUGAUGAUGAUGAUGAUGAUGAUGAUGAUUAAGCUUUAUCACAGCUCAAAAUUUCUAAUCAGAGAAACUUGAGACAUUUCUGUAGUACAAUCACUGCUAUAUCUUUUGUUUGGUCACAUCCUCGCCAAAUGAUUGUGUAAAAAUAGGCUUUAUUAUGGUGCUACAGAUUUUUGUUGUUGUUGUAUUAUUAUUAUUAUUAUUUUGUAUUAUUUUCCUGAGAGGACAGGAUGAAUGGGAGAGGAAGGAGAGAAGCUCAAUGGUGCUUCACCAAACACCCAAAGGCUUAUUUCUGGUGCUAAUCCUGGUGCUAAUCUUUACUUAACAGUCAGUAUCUUUGUCUAAUAUAUAAUAGGUAGGGGCGUGGCAGCAGGAAGGCAUGGCAGCUGGGUGUGGGAGCGGGGUGUGGCAGCGGGGUGUAGCAGCAGGGCGUGGCAGCGGAGUGUAGCAGUAGGCCGUGGCAGUGGGCGAAAUAGAAGUGUUUUUAAGACAACAGCCUUGAAAUAAUUCUCCACCUUUUUCUGUCCUCACUGUAUGUAUAGUGUAUCUGUGAUACUAAUUUUAUAUAUAUACUGUACAGUUAUUUACAGAUAUUUGAAUAAAUCGCAGUUUCCUUC